AUGACGCCCACCCGCAACAGCAACAUCCAACUGUUGGCAACACUUGUCGACUUCAAGGACGAGGAGGAGGGCGAAUACCGCUUUCUGGUUGACGGGAAGCACGCCAAGUAUGUCACCGUGGACCCCGGAGUCUUGCCAAGAGAUGAUCGGACCUUUGCUCCGAUAUUGCUUCCGACGCUGCCUUCCUUCCCUCCCGGUGACUGGAACGAGGGUCACGUAUCCAAGAACCCCCUGAAUGGGGAGCUGGAGUUCUCCCGUUGUACGCGCAGCGACUUGCCUGGAGUUUCAAACACCUGGCACCACACGCGAAUCGAUCAUUUGGAGCUCAACAAGGUCAGUCGUAUACGCCAGAAUAUACACGUCGUCACACAUCCGCUUUUCGACCAAGCUCUGCUCGUCAAAUUUACCGAAUUUCCCUGGCAAAUGUCCUUCUUCGAAGCCGAAACAACGGCAUACGAAUGGAUUGAUGGCCACGACAUUGGUCCCAAGUUCCUCGGCCAUUUAACCGAAGACGGCAGGAUCAUCGGUUUCGUCUUGGAGUACUUGGAAGACACCAGGUCUGCUGAAACCGACGACCUGGCAGCCUGUCAAGCUGCUCUAGCCAGGCUACACUCUCUGGGUAUCAAGCAUGGCGACAUCAACAAGUAUAAUUUUCUUAUUCGCCAAGGGAAAGCAGUUCUUGUCGAUUUCGAGGCGGCUCGGAAGUGCAGUCAAGAAAAGGAGCUUCAAGCCGAGUACGAACGCCUAGAGCACUCCCUGAAUGAUACUUCGCGUAGAGGCGCGACGUAUAUUUUAUGA